CUCGUGAAAAUUUCAGCAAACGUUCAUUCAAAUUCAGACAUAAGACGUACUUAUUUUUGUAAUUGAAUUAAUAGUUUAAAUCUUAAGGUUCGUUAUUGUUAGGUAUAUUACAGGAAAUCAUUGCAAUUUUACCUUGAUUAUUUUUUGACUUUAAAUUGUUUUACUAUAUUGUCCAUUAAUGGCAAAUUAUAUUUUCCUAAGUAUGCGAUAUUAAUAAUAUAUCUACAAAUAUCAUUUAAAAAAAAUUUCAUUAUGAAGAAACUGAAAGCGUUGAAAGUGUGUUCAUAUUUAAAAAUGAUAAUUAGAGAACACAGUUCUAAAGAAUGGUUAAAUCGUCAAAAAUCUGAUCCGUACGUUGAAAAAGCUAAAAUGAACAAUUACAGAUGUAGAAGCGCUUUUAAGUUACUACAAAUGGAUGACAAACAUUCUAUAUUGAAACCCGGUCAAUGUGUAGUCGAUAUCGGUGCAGCUCCUGGAAGCUGGACUCAGAUUGUUGUACCUAGAACUAAUUCUGAUUUUACUAAUAAAAAUUUGCCAACCGGCUUGGUGAUUGGUAUCGAUCUACAACAAAUGUUUCCAAUCAAUGGAGCAAUAUUAUUAGGCAAUUCUGAUUUCACAUCUACCAAAACAUGGGAUAAAAUUAAAACCAUUUUGAAUAACCGACUUAUAGAUGUAGUUUUAAGUGAUAUGGCACCAAAUGCUACAGGAGUCAAACAUUUAGAUCACGACUUAAUCAUCAAAAUGGCAUUCUCAGUAGUAAAAUUUUCAGUAAUGAAUUCUAAUGUUGGAGGGACAUGUUUGAUAAAAAUCUGGGAUGGCAAUCAAAACAUGGAAUUGGAAAAUAUUUUGCUGAAAUUUUACUCAACUGUAAAAUACAUAAAACCUACAGCUAGUCGAUCGGAUUCAGCAGAAAAAUAUCUUCUUGCUCGUGGUUUCAAAGGACUAAUAAAAAAUUAACGAAUAUUUGAAAAAAUGUAGCAAUUUUAAUCUUUACACCAACUUUUUAAAAUAAUUAUUUGGUUUGCUUGUAUAAAAUUAUUGUUUUGUAUAAAGUAUUAUUAAACUUGUUUUUUUCUCCCUAAAAUAUAUAUAUUUUAUUUUAUAAAA